AGUGCGAACGUGGGCUCCUUUCACAUGGGUCUUUUUCCACACCUGUAAAUUCUGAAGAUAAUGUCUGUCCGGGGAUACUUUGUCCCCUUUUUCAAAUGCACAGCCCUUCUCUCUCUGAGGAUUUUGGUUCUUGUCCCUGCAGGGUUGCCUGUCCGCAGUCAAAGUGAUUCUCUACCUGACACCAAAGUGAUGGACAAUAUUACCGUGCGACAAGGAGAGACGUUAUUUCUCAGGUGUGCACAGGGGGACAUUGUCACACAUACAGCAUGGCUAAAUCGGUCAAGUAUACUAUAUGCCGGAGAUGAAAAAUGGUCCGUGGAUCCAAGGGUGAGUUUGGUGACACUUAAUCAAGAAGAGUUUACCAUCAAGAUUGAAAACGUGGACAUGACGGAUGAGGGGCAGUAUGUUUGUGCGGUCCAAACCAGCAGUCGACCAACAACCACCAUAAUACAUGUCCUCGUCCAAGUACCUCCAAAAAUCAUCAAUCUGCCAAGGGACAUUGUGGUAAAUGAAGGCUCUAAUGUCACCCUGAUGUGCCAAGCCGAUGGAAAACCAGAGCCUUUAAUCAGCUGGAAACUCAUCUCAUCUUCAGGGGACCUGGCAACAGAUGAUGAUUACCUGGAAAUCCCAUCUAUCUCCAGACAGAGAGCAGGGACGUAUGAAUGCACAGCUGUCAACAAUAUUGACACAGAUACCCAGACUGUAGACAUCACUGUCAACUAUGCUCCAUCUGUGUCUGACGGAAGAGAUGCUGGUGUUACGCUGGGCCAAAGGGGAGUGUUGGAGUGUGAGGCGGAUGCAGUGCCCGAGGCCGAUUUUGAGUGGUAUAAAGAUGACAGAAGGACUGAGAACAGUUCAGGACGGCAGUGGAUCAGCGAUGGGUCUUCACUUACACACCUGCCUCAUCAUCAUCGUGUGUUUACCCUUUCUGUUGAAAUUUUGAGGCGGGAUCAACAAUAUUUGUGUUUGAGUGUACAAUAUGUUAUUUUGGAAGUGUGUUUGUUUUUGUGCUUUUUCAUUUGCAACCAUACACUGAUAAGAAAGAGGUCCGGCAAGUCACUUGCUAUGUAAAGAUCUUGACGUUUCAUGUGACUUUAUUUUUCAUUUAUUUAUUUCAAAAACGUGACACGUUGCGCUUCAGAAAACUUUGUCAGAAACUGACUUUUAAUUAAAUGUGACUGCAUUUUUGUUCACACUAAAUCCAAGUUUGGUCAUACUUAAGGUUAUGUUCACACUGCAGGUUAAUUCAGAUUUUUUUUGCCCAUAUGUGACAUGUACCGUAUUUUUCGGGGUAUAAGUCGCACCGGAGUAUAAGUCGCACCUGCCGAAAAUGCAUAAUAAAGAAGGUAAACAACAUAUAUAAGUCGCACUGGAGUAUAAGUCGCAUUUUUAGGGGGAAUUUAUUAGAUAAAACCAAACACCAAGAAUAGACAUUUGAAAGGCAAUUUAAAAUAAAUAAAGAAUAGUGAACAACAGGUUGAAUAAGUGUACGUUAUAUGAGGCAUAAAUAACCAACUGAGAACGUGCCUGGUAUGUUAACGUAACAUAUUAUGGUAAGAGUCAUUGAAAUAACUAUAACAAAUAUAACAUGCUAUACGUUUACCAAACAAUCUGUCACUCCUAAUCGCUAAAUCCCAUGAAAUCUUAUACGUCUAGUCUCUUACGUGAAUGAGCUAAAUAAUAAUAUUUGAUAUCUUACGGUAAUGUGUUAAUAAUUUCACACAUAAGUCGCUCCUGACUAUAAGUCUCACCCCUGGCCAAACUAUGAAAAAAACUGCGACUUAUAGUCCGAAAAAUACGGUAUCUGAUUUUUUUCAUGUCAGUGUAUUACACAAUAACAACGUAAUAAUGUCAUUUGUGCAUGCGGGUCAGUUCAGGGAUGCCUUCCAUUCGUCAUCAAACACAUUGUUUUUGGAAUGCGAAUGACUACGUAACAAGAUCGGAUUCAACAAAAAAUCUCAUUAAAGCAUCAUUUCUGCAGUGUGAACAUAGCCUAAAUGCAGGAAUGGUCAUACAUAAGGUUAUGUUCACACUGCAGAUCAAUUCCGAUUAUUUGCACACAAGUAACAUGUAUCUGAUUUUUUUGUGUAAUGUUUGAGUACAGUCCGAUUUUUUUUUCUCAAAUCCGACACAAGCCUCUUUCGUAUGUGAAUAUACAGGAAAUUCAAUAACUGCAGUCUGAACAAUCGUUCAUACGCCAUCAAAAAGCAACAAACGUCAUCAUUCUUCGCAAAAAUAGAUGGUCGCGGAAAGAAAUAGUGGACAAAUGAGAAGAAAACAGGCAGAAAUACUAUUACUCGAGUUAAUAUCCCACCACUCCUGGUUCCGACUGCUCGCACACAAGCUCUUCGGAACACACGUCGAAGCAAAUGUCCCAUAAACCCAAAGAGCCAAAACCCUCUUCCUUGUUAACCUCCUACGUGAAAUAAUUUGGUGAAGAAAAUGUUGACUCCGGUUGUACAAAAUCCUUGAAAUUGCCACAAAUGCGCAAGGAGUGAGGAUUGGUAUUGAAUACUAGAAUUGGAGCCAUGUUUACGUGCGCAUACACGCUGCAGUCCCAUUCCGAUCAUUCCGUUUACAUUAUACAUACAUUUUUGGGAGGAAUGUGAAUGACUGCAUAAAAAGAUCUGACUCAACAAAUAACCCGAAUUAGGCAUCAUACCCUGCAGUGGGAACGUAGCCUAAAUCCAGGAACGUUCAUACCUAGGCUAUGUUCACAUUGCAGAUCAAUGCAAUUUUGUUUGCCCCCUAUGUGACAUGCAUCUGAUAUUUUCAUGUCAAUGUGAAAAGUGCAAUUCUGAUUUUUUUUUCAAAUCCGACCAGGCCGCUUUGGUAUGUGGGUUUAAACCCCCAUAUGUCAUCAAAAAGGGACAGACAUCAUGAUUAUUUGCCAAAAUAGAAGGUUGUGAAAAUAAAUAGUGGACAAUAGAGCUGUAAAAAGGUCAAAAAGAUGUCUUAGAAGAAAAAGUCUAAGAACAAAUCUGAAUAAGACAUCUUACCCUACAGUGUAAAAAUAGCCUAAAUCCAACAAUGGUCAUAUACACAUGACUACAGUAUGUUGACACUGCACUGCAGGUUAGAUACGAUUUUCUUACCCACAUAUGACCACUAUUUGUUUUUUCAUGUUAAUGUGGACAGUGCGACUAUUUGUUUUUUUUGUAAUGUGAAUGACUACAUACAAAAAAAAAUCGGAUUUAACAAAAUAAUCCGAAUUGGGCGUCAUACUCUGCAGUGUGAAUGUAGCCUAAAGCAAGUCAGUGUUAAACACCUUAAAGUCAACUCUAUACAUUGAUGUGAGAAGAUAUAGAUUACUCCUACAGCUGUAAUAUUAUCAUAUGUUAUCAAUCCAGCCAUCCAUUUUCUACCCCUUUUCAUGUAAAAAAAAAAUUUGGUUGAAGAGCCCAGUUAUUUUUUGCAUCUAAAAUAAUUUUAGAAUUACAAUUCUAGUGAUGCUUACUUGUUGUAUUAUACUAAUGUUUAACUGUAUAUAUAUAUAUAUA